CAGUGAGAAGGAGGGAGGGAACGAAAGAACGGGGGGGAAGGAGGAGGAGGAGGAGGCUCCGCGGCUCCGCCCCGCUGCCCGCACUGCGCCGGGUGGCGCUGCCCGCAGGUGGGGGCGGCGUUCCCAGCGUCAUCCCCCGUUGCGGAGCAUGAAGGUGAAGGUGAUCUCGGUGCUGGAGGACAACUACAUGUACCUGGUGAUCGAGGAGAGCACCCGGGACGCGAUCGCGGUGGACGCCGCCGUCCCCAAACGGCUGCUGGAGAUCGUCCGGAAGGAGGAUGUGGUUCUCCGUGCCAUCCUCAGCACACAUCACCACUGGGACCACGCGCGGGGCAACGAGGAGCUGGUCAGGCUGUGCCCGGGGCUGCGGGUGUACGGUGCGGAUGAGCGCAUUGGGGCCCUAACGCACCGCGUGGCCCCCAACGAGGAGCUGACGUUCGGGGCCAUCCGUGUGCGGUGCCUCUUCACCCCGUGCCACACUUCAGGCCACAUGUGCUACUUCAUGUGGGAGGAUGGGUCUCCGGAUGCACCGGCGCUGUUCUCAGGUGACACGCUGUUUGUGGGGGGCUGCGGGCAGUUCCUGGAGGGGACAGCAGAGCAGAUGUACACCAACUUCACCCAGGUGUUGGGGGAUCUGCCAAAGGAGACGAAGGUGUUUUGUGGCCACGAAUGCACCGUCCGGAACCUGAAGUUUGCCCUGAAAGUGGAACCAGAGAAUGAAGCAGUGAAGAAGAAGCUCGCCUGGGCCAGACGGGAUGAUGAGGAUCUGCCCACGGUGCCCUCCACUCUGCAGGAGGAGUUCCUCUACAACCCCUUCCUCAGGGUCACGGAGGAGGCUGUGCAGAAGUUCACAGGCAGGAAGGAGCCGGUGGAAGUGCUGCGGGCUCUACGCACCGAGAAGGACAACUUCAAGAAGCCCAAGGAGCGGCCCCAUCCCCAGGCCAUGCUGGCCUUCGACUGGGGCCUUUUUGCCCCUUUCCUGGAGAAGAAGUGAAGCCCUGCACACGGAUGGCCCCAUUCAGGUGUCCCUGAGCCCUCAGCUGGGACAGGGCAGGGACCCAGGAACUGCACCACUCUGCGUCCAUUCCAUUUCUUUUCCUCAAGUUAGAACAUGGGAAAGCUGUUGUAUGAAGCGUGGUGCUUUUUGCUGGGGUGUUGCAUUGCAAAACACAGCAAUGCCUUUUGCUUUUUGGAAGGCAGACAGGGGGUGCUGCUGGCUCUGUGUGGCUGCAUUAACCCGGUGCAGUGGUGUGGGCUGGGUGCUGCUGUGCAGCCCAUCGUUCUGCCUUUAUCUUUACCUCAGUUGUGCAACGUGCUGCAAUGCACAGGGUGCUGCUGCUGAGCUUAGGCCCAGCUUGUGCAGCUGAAAUGCAAACAGUGGAGAAAAUAGAGGAGAUGGGCCCCGGAUAAUACACUGUACGGUGUCUAUUUGGACUGUGCUGAUACAAAGCUGCUGAUGGCUGGAAUAGAACCAGCUUCAGAACCUUUCAUGCAUGGACUGUGAAUAGCAUCCAUAGCACCGAACCUGGUUUGUGGUAUUUCUUCCUUUGCUAGAAACUUGAUUUUCUUUUUUGCUUUUUUAUUUUAUAUAUAUAUAUAUAUAGUGUUACGUUGUUUAAAAUUUACUCUUCCCUCCAGGAAGGGGAAGAAUCCGUCCUGCUGCACCGGUUGUCUCAGUGCUGUUGCUUCAGAGAUGCUCUAAGGGUACAGCUGUCAUUGGACACUGCCUGGGUGCUUUGCUGUGAGCAGCACAGAGAUGCCUGGGAGGGAUCCUGGCCCAGCAGUUUGUUUGCUCGUGUGUGCAGCUCAGAGGUGAAAUCUGAGCUAUUCUUGAUGCUGUGAUGAGAACAAAUAACUGUGAGAGCUGCAUGGGGAGCUCCGGGCAGAGUCUUCUGACAGCUUCAGUUCUGUGCGUUCAGUAUCCUGGUCACUGGAGAAGGCAAAAUGCAGAUCCUUGGUUGUUUAACCUGCAGCUCAUUCAGCUGUUCUUAACUGUGCACUUCUGGCUGGAUGUGAAUGUUCUCAGCAGAAACAAGAGUGUGUGUCUUUUGCACUGAUGUACAAAGUUUAUGGACUCAGCACUUCAGCAUAUUGGACUUAGUUUGCAUUGGCACUGGCGUCUCUCUCUUGCUGUAGAUGACAAUGUUAUGGUUUAGCAUAACACUGAUACAGAACUAUGCAUGGAAAAGGGCAUUCAGUGCAACCACCGCUUGCAAAAUGAGUGGGGAAGGGACGGGGGAGUAGAGGGAGAUUUUUGCCUUACAAACACUGUGAAUUCACUGAUUGAUCAGCAACACCUGAAGGAUGUCAAGCCUUUAAUUAAAACCAUUACAAUUGUCUUUUA